AUGAUGGAACUCGUACCCGAGCGAGUCUUUGCGCUCGCAACCGCAGCACAACUGCGGUCCCAGACCUUGCUGGCGACUGCUCAGAGCCACACAGAGCUCGCCUGGAUCAACGACGUGACCCAACUCGCUGACUCGGGGUACCCCCAAGCCCUCGUCCUCCUCCUCUCCGCGCUCUGGACCGUCUCACGCCUGAUCCGCCGCCGCACCAAGCCCUCAUCAUCUCAUCCCGCUAUCACCGUUCGCGCCGCGUCCAUCAGAUGGCCCUGGGAACUUCUCGCCCAGCUCGCCCGCGCCGCCGCCCUGGCCUUCCUUGCCGUCGCCGCCGCCCGCGGCCAGUCGUCAUGGCUCAACACCCUCGCCGUGGCCUAUGCCUUCGUCCUUGGCCUCUCGAGGCUCGUCAACGACCUCGAGUGGCGGCACGUCGCCCUGCACCAGGUCAACUUCGUCCUCGGCCUCGAGCUACUCAUCUUCGCCGCCUCCUCCGCCCUGCCGUGCAUCGAGGCCUCGUCCGAGUGCGCUGUCGCGGCGCCGGUCAAGGGCGGCCUCACGAGCUUGGUUGCCGCCGUAGUUAUCUCCAUCAUCACUCCCAGGGAGUGGGUUCCCCCCUCGCUCACAAGCGACGUGCCUGGGGGCUAUGAGGCCCGCGGACCCGCGCCGGAGGAGACGUGCAGCUGGGCCAAUUAUUACUUGACCUUUGCGUGGCUCACGCCCGUCAUGUGGAAGGGCGCCCGCAGCGAGGUCGUCCUCGACGACUUGCCCCAGCUGCCCUGGUACGACGAGCCGCUGCUGCUUCUCGAGAGGAUCAAGAAGGCCAGGGCCAAAGGCGUGACGACGACGUGGACGCUCUUUUAUCUUCUGCGGAAGGAGGUCAACCUCAUGGCCUUUUACAUCUCCUCGGCGUACGCCUCCGAGCUUAUCGCCCCGUACGGCCUGUACCACCUUCUUGGGUACCUCGCGGAUCCCCAAGGCGCCCUCAUUAAACCAUGGCUCUGGCUCGUGCUCAUGUUCUGCGGUCCCCUGACGCGCUCAGUCCUGUUCCAGCAGUAUAUCUUCACGUCGACCCGCCUGGUCGUCCGCCUGCGGUCCGCCCUGACGCAGGAGCUAUACCAUCGCGCCAUGGAGUCCAUGGAGCUCGAGGAGGACAUUUUCGCGCCCAAGACCGAAGGGGGGGACAAGGAUAAGGACAAGGACAAGAAGAACGCAAAGGAGGCCCGGUCCACGACUUCGGCCGGCCGCCUGGCGAAUCUCAUGGCAGCCGACGUGCAGGUCAUCUUCAGCUCGCGCGACAUCGUGAUGGCCAGCACCGGCGUGCCCGUGGGCACAAUCAUCGCUGUCGUCGGCCUGUACAGGAUGCUCGGCUGGCCCGCCCUAGUGGGCACGCUGCUCCUCCUCCUGGCCGCACCCGUCUCCGUCAGUAUCUCGCGACUCAUGGGCCGGCUGACGAGGAAGGCGAGGCGUGCGCAGGAUGCCCGCAUCUCGCUCGUUUCCGAGUACCUCGCCUCCAUCCGCGCCGUCAAAUACUUUGCCUGGGAGGACGCCAUCAUCGAGACCAUUGAGGACGCGCGCGCCAGCGAGCAGCGCGACCUCUGGCGCGUGUCUCUCAGCUUUGUCAUGCUCAACCAGAUCAGCGCGCUCAUGCCCUACAUCUCCAUGAUCACAAUGUUCACCCUCUACGUCGGCGUCUGCGGGCAGCCCAUGACGGCCGCCACGGCCUUCACCACGACGUACCUGGUCAAGACGAUCCGCCGCAACGUCGGCCAGGUCGCCUACAUGUCGAGGCAGAUCACCGGCGCCGCCAUCGCCAUCAGCCGUCUCGACAAGUACUUUGCAACCACGACGCCGCUGGACGAGUACCCCGAGGGCCCUCUUCAGAUCCAAGACGCCACGUUCCGUCGGAACAAGACGGCCUCGUUCCAGCUCAAGGACCUCUCCAUCGACUUUGUCUCGGGCGGCCUCAACGUCGUCUCGGGCGUUAGCGGCAGCGGCAAGACGACCCUCCUGCUGGCGAUCCUGGGCGAGACAGUCAAGGAGAGCGGCACCAUCACGCGGCCCAAGGACGUCGCCUUUGCCUCACAGACCUCGUGGCUGCAAAACGAUACCAUUAGGGAGAAUAUUCUCUUCAACAGCCCCCUCGAGCCGGUGCGCUACAACAGCGUUAUCAACGCGUGCUGUCUUCCCGUCGACCUGCGGGAACUGGACAGCGGCGACCAGACUGUCGUGGGCGAGAACGGCGCGUCCCUCUCCGGAGGCCAGAAGGCGCGCGUGGCGUUGGCCAGGGCGCUGUACUCAAAGGCGCCCCUGCUGCUGCUGGACGACAUCUUCUCGGCCCUCGACGCCAAGACGGCGGCCUCGCUCUGGGAGCGGUGUUUCUGCUCCGACCUGCUCAAGGGCCGGACCGUAGUCCUGGUGGCGCAGCAGCCCUGGGUUGCGGCCCAGGCUGACGUCGCCGUGACCCUCGAGGAUGGCGCGGUCAAGCACGUUGAACAGAACAUUGGCGUCGUCCGGCACGCGGUCGCCGUCGCCAAAGACAUUGAAGGCGAGAGUAGUACCGAUGUUUCUGACAACUCGGACACUGAAGUCGAGACGCAGACGGACUCGCUCAACGACACCAGCAAGGUCGCCGUCGAUAAGGGGACGAAAGAUGCCGUGGCUCAAGAGAUGAAGGCCAGCGGGAAGAGCGCCCGGUUGAUGUUCUUCAAGUACAUGACUUACUUUGGCGGCCCGGGGUACGCCGUAUUCUGCAUGUUCCUGAUGCUCCUGUCGCAGCUCUCGGUCCUGGGAGGGACCCUGUGGCUCUCCGUCUGGGUAGAUGCCUACGACAGGGAGGUGGCUGUCGACAUCGCCUUCUACCUCGGCAUCUACGCCGCCGUCACCGUCACCGAGUCGGUCCUCUACGCCAUAGUCUUCCUCGUCUUCGAGAACGGCGCGUGGCACGCCGCUCGCAAGCUGCACAACGACUUCAUCCGCGCCGUCAUGCGCGUCUCCCUCGCCUGGUACAAAAAGACGCCCGUCGGCCGCAUCAUCAACCGCUUCUCGAGCGACAUGUCCUCCCUCGACCUGAGCGUCAGCCAGCAGCUUCGCUCGUUCCUGGAGAGCUCCAUCUCCCUCGUCAUCCGCAUCUUCGCCAUCAGCUCCAUCAUGCCCAUCUUCAUCGUGCCCGCCGCCGUCGCCUCCACCUGCGGCCUUAUCGUCGGCGAGAUCUACACCCGCACCGCCGUCACCAUCAAGCGCCUCGUCGCGUCGUCGCAGUCGCCCAUCUUUUCGCAGUUUGCAGACACCCUGGCGGGUCUGCCCAUCAUCCGCGCGCGGAGCGGCAUGCCCAAUACCUUUGGCGACAACCUGGCCGAUAAGCUCCGCGUCUGGUCCAGGGCGGCCGAGGCGCACUUUAACUGUAAUCGUUGGGUCGCCAUGCGCGUCGAUGUCAUCACGGCCCUGGUCGGCUUGAGCGCGGGUAUCAUUGCCGUGUCCAAGGCCGGCCUCGUGGGCGCCGGACUGGUGGGCUUCUCGCUGCACAAUGCGACUGGCUUGAGUCAGACGAUCCUGGGGCUCGUCCGCAGCAUGAACGAUCUCGAGGUUGAGCUGCAGAGUUUUGUACGUAUCAAGGAGUACGCCGGCCUCGAGAAGGAGGAAAAGGCAGACGAAUCGUACCCGGAAGAGGGCGAUGGCGAGGGCGAGUACACCGACGACCCGGCCCACGUCAUCCCCAAAACGUGGCCGUCGACGGGCGAAAUCGAGUUCCGCAACGUCACCAUCCGCUACGACGAGGACGGCCCCAACAUCCUCACAGACGUCAACCUCAAGUUCAAGGCAGGCGAGAGGGUCGCCAUCGUCGGCCGCACGGGAAGCGGUAAAUCCACGCUGGUCCUCUCGCUCCUCCGCUUCACGCACAUCGUGUCGGGCCAGAUCCUCUACGACGGCAUCGACAUCACAAAGAUCCCGCGCCGCCGCCUCCGCGAGGCGCUGACCAUUAUCCCGCAGGAGGCCGUGCUCUUCAACGGCACGCUGCGGACGAACCUCGACCCGACGGGCAAGAUUGCCGAGCCGGUGCUCGAGAGGGCGCUCGAGUCGUGCCAGGGCAUCGCCUCGUUCCAGUACCAGCAGUCUUCCUCGGACACCGACACGGACGCGGACGACGCAGCCGCUGCCGCGUUGGCGCAGGACUCGUCCACGUUGGCGCUCUCGACGGUGGUCAACGCAAAGGGCGAGAACUUUUCCCACGGGCAGCGCCAGGUCCUCUCGCUGUGCCGCGCGCUCGUCCGGGGCAGCAAGCUGAUGCUGCUGGACGAGGCGACGGCGAGCAUGGACUACGAGACGGACAGGGGGAUCCAGGCCGUGCUGAGGAGGGAGGUUGCACCGGGCGAGGACCGCACGCUGGUCACGAUCGCCCACCGCCUGCGGACGAUUGCGGACUACGACACGGUCGUGGUCAUGGGGGCCGGGCGGGUCGUCGAGGCGGGUCGACCGGCGGAGCUGUACCGGGCGCGAGGCGUGUUUUAUGACAUGGUUCAUCACAGUGGUGAGAGGAAGGAUUUGGAGGUGCUUUUUGGGGAAGGGAAAUGA